GGUGUGUCUGGUUACUUUUCCAGCAGGAAUUGUCCAGUAACUUCUUUCUGAGAGAGUAAGGUUGUUUUAUUCUCUUUUGCAAGGAAAAUGCGAAAAGUAAACAGACGGUAUUCCUGCAGAAGCUUGCAACUAAUCAGCUGAUUUGUCAAAACAAACCAAUUUGUCCCCCAUAAGGAGAAUUAAAACAAAGGAAGCAAUACUAAUUUUACAAGUUUUUUAAAUAAAAAUGUUGGAAAUAGUCGUUUAUUUUCUUAUUGCAUAUUAACAUUUACGUUUUUCACAUUUUGUAAAGUUGUUCUCCAAAAACUAUUAGUCUUGCUAAUUCCAAAAAAAUAUUUUCAAAUUGAAAGCACAAAAAGAAAUAAAUAAACAAUAGAAAACAUCUGAUUGAAUGUCGAUGAAUGAGAAGAAGAAGAGUUGCAAGUGAUUGCAAGAAGAAAUUUUUCCAGCAAGAAUUUGCAAACUCUCACUGAAAGAACUGUCAAAAUUUCUCUCUCCAACCGCUCUCUUUUGCAGAACUUUUGGGUUAACAGACGACUUCCAGUAACAACUUGUAACAUUUGUUACAAACUUUAGGGUAACCAGACACACCUAUUGUUGUAAAUUUCUUUCAUCCAAUGUUUCUACAAUUAAGACGUGGAUUCAAUGAUUCCGUCGUGUGUGCGGACUGUUGGAAUAUAAUAUAUCAUUUUCACAAGUUCCAAAAUUACAUAAUAUCCUGCCAACAGCGACUUAUGCAAUAUGAACAAGAAUUACGAAAGAAUGAUGCGAAUAAAAAUCAUUUGAAAAGAGUCGGCAAUAUUUCUGAGGAAAUCAGGUGUAAGAGGAAAAGUAUUGAACUGAUCAAUGGAUUAGUGAAUAAUAAAAAUAUAUCAAUUGAUUUGUGUGAAGAGGAUAAUAACACAAAUAUAAUUUCCCAUAAUCAGCCUAUGCCGCAAGCCAAUGCUUAUCUUCCUGCUCCCGAAAAUGGCCAAAACAUUCCGAUUUGCAGUGAUAAUUCUCCACACAACAGCAGCACAAAUACAUCUCCAGAUAUUUUAAAUAAUAAUAAAGCCGUAGAGCGGGCAAAUGUUUUCACCCAUCAAAUUCCUCCAGAAAGUAAUAGACAAUCCAGCUCAUUUAAUACGAAUUCCAUUUGCGGCCCACUUUCAACAAAUCAGAAUGAAACAAAUCACACUAUAUGCAACAGCAAUACUUACCACGAUAACUUCUCUAAUCUUAACACUGGAGAAAGCAACGCUUUUGGCUCAUGCGUUUCUGUUGCUCAAAAUCCUAUUAAUGCCAAUGUCAUAGAAAAUUCGGUCGUGCCUGUUAUUUCAAGUACUUAUUCCCUUACAACAAGUUAUAGCGCAAGUAUACCACCAAACGAACUCAAUUCAACGAAUGAGACAUUCCAAAAAGUUAUUCCUUAUAAUAAUGAGGUCAGUGGCGUAAGUUCCAAUCAAACUUACAACUCUAUUACAAAUCCACAUAUAACCUGUGACAACCAAAAUGCGAGCACUUGUGAGGAACCAAACUCAAGGGAUCAUAGCAUUACCAACAUACUUUGUCCAAGUUAUAAUAAUACUUCUAACAAUGAAAUGUCUGCUAAUGUUACUGAUGGCUCCACCACAAACACAAUUCAAAUGCCGGAGUUUCUUAACCACCCGCCCAACGACGUCAUCGAUAAUAAUAACCCAUCUAUUGCUAGUAGUUCUGAAUCAAACAAUUCACCUGUAUCGACAUUUGGCGAUCUCAGCACGCCUGAGGACAUUUCUUCAGAUAUGGAAUUUAUGAACGAAGGCAUUCCAAGUAAUGCGGCAGGCCACAUUGCAGAUAACAUUGGAAGCUUUGGGCCAUCUGAAGAUGUUAUAUCGAUCUUGUCCGAUGACUCCGACGAUGAAUGUGAAGAGCCCAUAGGUAUAUUAAUUGGUGGCGAUUUUAGCGAGGAUGAUGGUGUAUCCAAUGAAAAGUCGCCGGAUGCCGUUGAUUUAAGUAAUGAGCAAAGUGUAUCCUCAUCCUCGACAGCUUAUGAAACCAACGUUGGGGAUAUACCUACACCAUUUGGGCCGAACGAGAUGUCCACAUAUGCAAAAUGCCCUAUGGGAAAAACGAAUGGGAACCAGGAAUUUCACCAUGAAUUUUAUACGAAUUCACCCAACAACAUUGACAUACAACUCAAUUCCAAUGCAUAUCGGCAACAUCUCGACUACAUGGUAACAGAAACUGACUCAUGUGGCAAUGUAACACAUCUGGCAUGUUCUAUUUGUCACGAUAGAUUCCCCGACGAAUGUCAUUUGAAACAUCAUUUCAUUCGCAAACAUUUUUUAAAGUCACACUUAGUACAAAAGUCACUUAAUAACGGAAGAUUAUCUCAAGAAUUGGAUGAAUUUAUUGCCCGCUAUUAUCCUACCAUAAGAUGUCCCGUUUGCAAGUCGCAACAUAAAAACUUUUCAUCAUUUGAGAAUCAUUUUCAUUUACAACAUCCCCAGGCCAAGGAAGGUAUCUACAUUUCAUGCUGUGAAGAAAAAAUUCCCGAUCGUGUAAGUUUGCUACAGCACAUUUGUUGGCAUUUGGAUCCUGGUUACUUCACCUGCGAUCUGUGUCAAGUUUGCUAUCCCACCGUUCAGGCCCUGACAGAUCAUUUCAAACUGGAUCAUCCCUAUCAGUAUGUCGACUUGAUAGAUGGAUUACAUCAAAAGAAACCUGAUGUACGAAUAACAUAUGAAGAAAUAGAUGAUUUUAUCAAUCAAAAUUUGACACAUGUCCAGUGUGGUAUGUGCAAUGGCCACCUAUCCACAUUCCAUGACCUUAAAGAACAUUAUAAAUGUGCCCAUCCCAAAAGUUUUUAUCGCAUUAUCUGUUGUGGCCGUAAAUGGAAAGGACGUUAUGAUAUCGAAGAACACAUUAUAUAUCAUAAAACCCCCGAAGCAUUUUGCUGCGCGGAAUGUAAGAAAACAUUUUUCUGCCGUUACAAUCUACACAAACAUGUGCGCAAAGGUCACAAACAGCCAGGCCUAGUACGGUGGGAGAAAGAAAAAAAGAUGGAUGAGAACAUAUCUGGAUAUAUGGAGAAUUUAAGGUGUCCCAUAUGCCAUGGCAUAUUUAAUUCAUUUGGAUUAUUAAAGAUGCAUUACUCCGAAGAACAUCGCGGCCUGAAAUUCAAUGUUUUUUGUUGUAACAAAAGUUUUGAGCAUCGCCAAAGUUUUUUGAAACACCUGAGUAGUAAUCAUAUGCCUUAUAAUUUAUAGUUUAUUAAUGUUAAGAUAAUGGAUUGUAUAUAGCGUGCCUUAUAUAGAAUCAGAAUCGUUCUGAUAAUAAGCCCUUGAUAUAAUUUUACCCCAUUCAAAGUAAGCAAUAUAUCAUAAAUAUCCUAAGUCCAAAAUUAUAUAUAAUUAAAUAUUAUGCUUUGUUAAAUAUUUGAAAAAAAGGAAAUCCGCUCAAUCUGAGUAAAAUACUAUUUUUCUCUUUAUAUGAUUUAGAAUUUAGACUUAGCCUUUAAGUGAUUAUACAGAUUUUCUGUAAUGCUGUUAUUUUAAGAGCAUUUUUAAAGUGCCAUCAUACAUUUGUUAUUGAAAUCUAAAAUCAAAUAUGAAAAAAUACAUAUUUUUUUAGGUAAGUAAACAAA